AUGGAUAGCAGUGUGAUAGACACAAUUUUCUCUGAAGAGUGUUUAGCUUCAGUAACCUUCAAGUUAAAAAAGAAAGAAACCUCAAAAUCCAAAACAUUUGAAAAAAAAAGGUUCCCAGUUGUUGUGAGGCCAAAAGUUCCUGUCAUACCAACGGAUAACCACCAAUUUGUAAACUUCACAGAAGAGUCCUCAACUGUUCCUAGCUCAACUGUUUAUUGUCCCAAAAGUGAUGUGGCUCGUCCUAGGAAUAAAUUCAUUAUAGCCAGAAGUGUACUUAGUAAGCCAGUUAAAAGCAUCUUCAAAGGGUCCACAGAUGAUGUAUCCAGGAUAAUAUCUAUAAUAUGGCAUAAUCAUUCUGCAGGUAACUUCCAAUUUUACUUUCAAUAUCUGUCAUUUUUGGAGGAUCAAUGGCAUGAAUCUUAUUACCCACUCUAUCACUAUCAUCCAAAGAAAAAAACACAAAAGCACUUGUCAACAGCAUCUAACACAAGAAGAGGAAACAUGUCGUCUGUGGUGUUCAUUAAUGAUACCGGCAAUGCUUUGACUAAAGAGCAUUCACCAUCCCCAUCCCCAUCAGUUAACUCAGCAAAGGAUAUCAACGAUGUGUCAAAGUACGUGGACUUGUGUACUAGCACAUAUAUGGCACCGCCCAUAAAUGAGAGCAAAGACCAUGGUAAAUUUUCUAAGCCAUCGUCUUAUAAAGAUUGUACAAUGAAAUUUUCUUUAAACAAAGUGACAAAACCCAAAAAAUCUAAAAAAACAAAGCCUCAGAAUGAUGAUAUGAUGAAGCAUUACUUUCAAACAUUCAAGUCACCAUUAUAUGGAGAUAGGGGUGAAGACAUAUGUUUCAAUACUGAAUAG